CUUCUUUACUUCAGUUUGCUUCAGUAGCUUUACAAUUCAAGUUGUCACAAGAACUCCACAGAAACUUAUCGCCAAAGAUGAAAUCCUUCGUUUGCAUUACUCUGUUCGCCGUCAUUUUCAGCGUUGCAUUAGCUGCCCCAGCCGCUAAAGGCGCUUUGGACUCGGCCGCUCAGGAAGUCGAAUCCGCACAAAACUUACAAGCAGUCUACGAUUUAAACCGUUUCCGUAAAUCGGCGUAUGGUGGUGGUGCCGUGCGCGCAACCUACCCAGCACCUGCUUGCCCCAAGAACUAUCUCUUCAGCUGUCAACCUAACUUGGCGCCAGUCGCUUGUGCCUCACCAAGUGGUCCUGUUGCUGCUUACUCAGCGCCCAUCCCAACUUAUGUCGCUCCCCUGCCUGAAGGCUUGAGUGCCGUGGGCUACAAUCCUACUCAGUACUAUUUUGAGCAAUAAAAUCGGAAAUGGACAAGGAUAAAUGGGCUAACAAAAGAGCAAUUAAAGCAAGUUGAUCAUUGGAAUUUUAAGAGAUUUUGUUUAUUAAACACUAAAUAAAGAUUAUUUUUAUUAUUUGCACCAUAAA